AUGGUCAAAGUUCAACCUGUUCAGUCAGGUCAUUUUGACAAUGAAAAUUCAACCUUGGAGUCCAACAAACAACUCAGCGAGUUCUUUUCCUUUCAAUCCGAACGAGAUUUGGACGAUGAUAUCCUUAUUGAGGGAAACAAAAAGAGUGGAAGGCCCUUCUUGCUGAGAGUGCUCCUUAGUGUCCGUCUCUUCCUCAUUGUAGUCAUUACGAUUGUUGUCAUAUUGACAGCUCUCUCCAUUUGGGUAACUGCCUUCACCGUGAAUGAACAAACAGCAUUGGAGCAAGUCAAUGUUAUCAUUUCGAAUAUGAAUGAAAAGAUGUCAGGUUUUCUUCAAAGUCAAUUGUUACCAGCAAAACAGGUGGCACAACUCCUCGCUGACGAUUAUCAUAACUUUAAGAUUGACCAUGAUCCUUCCAUUCAAAAGUAUUUGUUUUCAAAGGUUAAGUUGUUUGGGGUCACGAACACCAAUCUAUGCUUUGGAGAUGGAUCUAACAACCAAAUGUUUGCAUACAGUGUCAAUGCUGACAAUUCGAUCGUGUGGGGUGCCAAACUUCAACAAAGUACUCGUUUUAUUAUUUCGAAAGCAAACAAUGAGACUGGUGAAGUGUACUAUGAUCAAGUACUGACAAAUGUUUCUUAUGUCAUCAGUAAUGCGGACUAUUAUAAGGAAUCUAUUCGUAUCACACAGGAGUAUCCACAUGGAGCUUUUGGUGCCCCUUACAAAGUUCUUGGAGGACCACAAUCCACUUUUUUUUCCGUUCCAGUUUUCAAUCGAACAGAUUUGUUGAAUGGAAUCAAGAAUCGAGUGGGUUUUGCAAAGAUUAACAUUUCUCUUGCAAAUAUUGCUCAAUUCUUGAAAAACGUCAAAGUCUUAACAAAAGGUUAUGUCAUUAUCUCAGAAUUUGCCAAUAACUUUGUGAUUGGAAGUAACCUUGAAAUUGAAGGUAUUGACGCCAAACGUGUGAAAGCCACAGACAUUACCACCCGAAAUGCUGGCACUGUCAUGAACAAGCUGUUACAACAAACUGGAGACUCUUUGGAUCCGUUCAUUCUCAACAUUGAAAGUAAUGGAAUCAAUUACUUGGUCUCAUCUACACCUUUCGUUUACACCAAUUUGAAAUGGCGAAUGACACUUGUUUUUGAAGAGAAUGAAAUCAAGAAGGGCAUUAUCAUAAGUAGUUACGUCAUUCUCGGAGUGACUUUAGGAGUGACCGGAUUGGGCAUCUUGAUGAGCGUUGUGAUAGGUUGGAUGGUUACAAAUCCAUUCAUCCAUCUUCAGGAAGAUUUUAAAAAGAUUGAAGUGCUCGAUUUGGCCAACAUUAAAGAAAGAAGUGCGUUCUUUAGUGAAGAGAAAAGUAUCUAUUCAAGUUUGACCGAGACAGUGAGAUGGUUGAGUGAAUUUAGAGCCUUCUUGCCAGACUCUGUGUUAAAUCAGCUUGAGAAUAACAAGGAACAGAAAAAUCAAGAUUCUAGACCAGAAUCAAGCAAGAAAGACGUCAAAGUUCAACUGACUCAAGAAAUGUCAUUUCAAAGUAAGGAGAAUUCAAGCCAGGGAAUGGACCAUUCAAACAGUGGAUCUCAUCACCAGACCUCUGCCCACAUGAAAACAGAUUCCAAAUCCUUUUUCAAGAUUGGACUUUCAUCAAAAGAUCUGGUCACACUUGUCCACAUUUCCAUUCCAAAUUUAUCAGAAAAGAAUUAUCCAUUCGAUGCCUUGAACAAUGUCACAUCCAAAUGUUUGACAUCUGUUUCGAAUAUUUGUAAAACAUGUCGUGCAGAUGUACAAAUUAAGAGUUAUGACGAAUAUGUGGUUAUAUUUAAUGACAAGUUUCCCUGCAUAACAGCACUUGAAACUUGUUUGAAGUUGAAGAUGGCAUUAGAAUCAUUGAACAAUCAUCUCACAAAGGAAGGAUUGAAUCCAUUGCAAGUGUGUAUGGGAGUUUCAAGUGGAGAGUGUCUCAUCGGUAAUAUUGGAAAUAAGCACAUGAGAUUUUUUGCACAAAUUGGUGAAAUUGUAAAUACUGCGAAAAACUUGUGUGUUUUGGCCAACUUUGUAAAUGUUCAAAUCUUACUCGAUACUCAAACAUAUCAGCUCACCAAGGAUUCUUUUGUGUUUCGACCAGUUGAAAGAAUUAUGAGUUCAUCCAAGAAAAGUAUCGACACUGUAUAUCAACUCAUUCAGAAAAACCAUGUGGCAGAAGAUGAAUGGAUGUAUGAACUUGAAACCAAGCAACAUCAUGCUAAAUUUGAACUAUUUGGCACCCAUUUCUUUAAAUUAUUUGAUGACCCUCUUUUGGAUAAAGAGGAGGCCAAUCAUGUGAAGAACUUCAUGUCCAACAUGUUUGAACUGUCUCCUGGAGAUGUGGUGCUUCAAAGAAUCAACAAAUUGAUUGAACUGAGCUCCACAAACAAAGGUGGUCAAAUGAAUCCCUUAUCGAGUUAUUAUACAAAUAUUUCAACAAAUGUCACAAGUUAUGUCCAGGGAGAGGUCGCUCAGCUUGAUUGUGGCUGUUGA